GCGCGCGCCUGGGAAAAUGUUGCGCAGAUUCUAAAAUGGAACGUUGUCGGCGGCGUGAAUGAGCGCGAGGGGGUGUGUGAGCGUGAGUAAGACAGGGAUCAGCGGCGGCAGCAGCAGCAGUAGGAGCCACCACCGCACCCGCCACCUUCUUGCAGCCGGUCCCCUCGCAGCGGUACAGGGAGCAGCCGUCUCCUCCUUCCCUCUGCAUGGAGCUCUCUGCUAUCGGGGAGCAGGUUUUUGCGGUGGAGAGUAUCAGGAAGAAGCGCAUAAGGAAGGGUAAAGUAGAAUACCUGGUGAAGUGGAAAGGAUGGCCCCCAAAAUACAGCACAUGGGAGCCGGAGGAUCACAUCCUGGAUCCUCGCCUGGUAGUGGCUUAUGAAGAGAAGGAGGAGAGAGAUCGUGCAUCAGGAUACAGGAAGAGAGGCCCUAAACCGAAACGCCUCUUAUUACAGCAAAACUUAAACCAUGCUCAGGCCCAGAUGGAGCUGGCCUGUAGAGGGUCGUUGUGGCAGUGGAGGCAUCAUAUUAGGGCAAGUGGGUUCCACUGUGCAGAAGGGAUGGCUGUAGGUGCCCCGCAGGGCAAUCAGAGCCAUAGGCUUUACGGUAUGGAUCUGAGGAGUGCCCACAAGGGAAAGAAGAAGCUCUGUUUCUCUCUAUCACGGCAAUUUGGAGGAGGAGGAGGAAGCAAUCUGGGAGGGGCCAAGCCAGGACAGACAGAGCUGUCGGAGAAGAGUGGGGGAGGUGUCCUACCAUUCCCGCUCCGGAAGCAGCGCAAGAACCAGAAAUAUCUCCGGCUGUCGCGGAAGAAGUUUCCACGCAUGUCAAGCCUGGAGAGCCGUAACCACAGGCGUGAGUUCUUCUUGAAGGAAUCAGUGGCACUAGAGACUAGGCAGACUCCCAAUGACUGGGAUGCAACGCAGCAUGCUAUCAAAGAAGGUGUGGAUGCAGUUGAUGGCAGCCUCCCCUGGAUCCCCACCUUGUCCCCCAGCGAAGUGACAGUGACAGACAUCACGGCGAACUCCAUUACCGUGACCUUCAGAGAAGCACAAGUGGCUGAGGGCUUCUUCCGAGACCGAAGUGUGCAGUUCUGAAUCUCCAUUUUUAAUGUUCCUAGUCAGAUUCUUUUGGGGGUGGGGUGAUUAUUUCACUCUUUAAAAAAAUAAUCCAAAAUGUUUCUUUUUAAAAUGUUUACAGAGGAUUUUUUUUUUUUUUUUUAACUGAAGUCUCAUUGAUUUUUCUUUUCCCCUUCAGAUACGCAAAAACAAAAGGCAACGUACGGGCAAUGUG